AUGGGUUCUUGGGACGAGCUUUGUCUUCUGUGCGGCAUCUGCCCAGCAGGCGGCCCCUCCGCACUUCUUCAUCGCAAUGACCUCCAUGACAUAGCUUGCCAACUUGCGGCAGAAAUCCGUGUCGACACCCUGACUGACGACGACAUCCUGUCCAUUGUGACCGAAGCUCUCACCUCUUCUUUUUCAGACGACGACCGCAUGCUGGGCUACCGCCCGAAGUGGUUGCCGGACGGACUUGGUCAGCGUGCCGACCUCACCCAAUGCACAUGCAUCGCAAUAGGCUACUUCGAUGUGGAUAGGGAGGGAGAGGCCCCUAUUCGUGAUAAUGGCAGAGUGCCGGAUGGCCGGAAUGUGGAGGUGCGCCGAGUACGCGAUAUCGUGGGCGGGGACUUUCGUGUUAUCGUGAGGGCAAUCGUCGAUGAAGACGACGAACAGAAGGAUUCAGAAACGCUGGAGGUGCUUGAACCGGAAGAACAGGAGGGGUCGGGAGAUCAAGAAGAAUGGACGGAGCGUGAGGAGGACUGCGAUUCUGCAUGCUCAGUCUCCGAGGUCAACCACCCCAAUAAUCCGAACUUCUGGCUCUGCGAGCGGUGCUACCAACUUCUCCAUGCUUGGUUAGAUAAAGAUGCUCUCCCGUGCAGAAAUCCGGCAUUACAUUCCGCUUCGGAGCCCAUGUCGCUGGCAGGGGAGCUCUACGAGAUCGUUAACUCCAGGGCGCAACGCCGACAGGACGCUGAUACAGGCCUGUUACCGUGCAUCGAUUACAAUGGAAUCGAAGCCACGCUCGAACAAUGGCAAGUUCAUUUUGCUCCUGGCCGGCGUGGCUCGCGGUACAUAGCGAAAGGCAUCCGUACCGGUCUCAGAGGCCCAGAUUUGAUACCCGCCAUCAUGCGCGACUUCAGAUGUUGGAUGUUCUUGCAGCCAGAUCUAUGGCCCGAACCUACUGGCUCAUAUCCAGCAUUCGUUCCUUUCCAAGGCGCUCAUACUGAUCUAUCACCGAUUAUCGCUACGCUCCCAGUCGAAUUGUUGAUCCUUAUCAUGCGCGAGCUUCCCGUAGAGUCGUUACUCUCCUUAGCGGCCACCUGCAGACUCCUUCGAGGUCUUAUCACGGACCCGACAUUCAUGGAUCGUGUGCUUCGAGAGAUACUGCUGUAUGGAGACAUUCGUUGGAUCCUGCCCGCCACUCCCGACGAGAUUCCACGUGCGCAUGAGGUUGCCUCACGGUGGCUUUCCGAGCCUGGUACGAACGCAUCUGGGCAGAACUUUUCGUCUCCGUUUGCGUCUCCGCGUUUUCCGUACCUGGCAUUUGUCUACGCGUGCUUCCAAUCGGACUCGAUGAAGAACAGAAAGAGGAUAUGGGGGAUGGUCAAGCAAUUUGAAGGACUUUGGGUGGACUACCGAGUGAGAGGAUGGGAGGUGGACCGGUUCUAUCCGUCGAGCGACCUUCCCUGGCUCGAGAAAACUGUGGAAUGA